CUACACCUCCCAUGAUGCUUUGCGCGGCAGUACGUACGGUGGCCGGUUGGUGUUUAGGAUGUCGUUUAAACGGGACGGAGACGAUGGCAGCCAGCUGAACGUGUUGAAAAAAAGGAGGGUCGCCGACCUACUGGCCGGUUUCAUCCCCGAGGACGAGGCGCUGCUCCUUAAUAAUGGAAGGUACGCCUGCACCGUGUGUCACCACAGGCCGGUCUUCGAUACCAUCGAUAUGCUGUCCGUGCACCGGAGUGGAAGGAAGCACGUGGCCUAUAUGCAGAGAUUCUAUGGGAAGAAGGCGGCUCACAGGAACGAGGUCCAGAAGCGACAGCACGAGCUGUACGUCCGGGCAGAAGAGGCCGGGGAGAAGCCCCCAGCUCCGCUGCUGGAACAGACCAGGAAGAUUACCCAGAAUGCAUUGCUGAAGGCUGCCCCAUAUAACAGCUGCUGCACCAGAAGCAGGCCAGGAGAUGUGAGGAGGACGAUCAGUUCUAAGGUGGAGGAGCCGCCCCAAUCCUCGCCAUCUCCACAGAGCAGCAGUUCAGUAUAUACUCAGCCGGACCUGCACAAGACCCCACCCGAGACCUCCAGCCCUGAUCCAAGGAGCAGCUCCACAGGUGAACAUGCUGCUAUAACCUGGGUAUGUGCAGACAGUCUCAAUCCCAGAAAACCAGUAAAACUAAGAACAAGAUUCAGAAAGGUGAAGAUUCGAAUGACGACCCUGAGAGAAGGCGAGUAAUGGAGCACUAUUUGUCUCUGAGGAGCUCUGGGUGGAUUCCAGAUGGCACAGGGAAAUGGGUGAAAGAUGAAAAUGUGGAGUUUGAUUCUGAUGAGGAGGAACCUCCAGCAAUGCCACCACCAUGACACAAGGUCAGGGACAGAGAUGCAGAGCGCCCGGCUGGACCUCCGUCACUGGGAACCUCCUUAUCUAGUGCUGUACAACUCUUAACUUGCAGUUCAUCUCAUGGCCUGCUAGAGGGUGCUGUAUCUAUAAGAAUACUUUUCUGUAAGGUAAC